AUGACAAAUGAGGGUGGAAAGUUCGCAGAAGCUUAUCAAUUUUUCGACUCGACAAUUUUCAGAUACACAUUUGUUGAAAAUCGAAUUUCACUGAAUUUGGAUCAAUUUUUGAUUCAAAUAUUUUUGGAAAAACAAUUUCAACCGGGCAAAUUUGUUAACUUAUCGAUUGUGGAUGAUAUUUAUCGAUUGAAUUAUCGAAAUGAGGAAACUGGUUUGAGAACUUUGAUUCAUAUUGCAAAAUGGAGAUUGGAAAUUGUGCUAAUUGCGGUUCACAAAAUUCAGACUUGA